CGGAGCGUCGCUUUGUAAACAACUCUCCUUCGCUCUUCUUUGCGUCUGUUUUUUUACACAGUAUUCGUGUUUUUUGGGUUUUUCUUUCGUUAUAAGCAAUGGCUGAACAGUACAGUGACACUGCGAGUGAUAGAGACACAGAGGAUAAAGGCUUGCAAGCAAGUGACCCCACGCCACCGGCGCGUAAGAAGUAGUACAAUCAUGUCUGGUAAGCACAAAGGAACGCCAAGAUGUCGUUCGUGUCCUUUAACAGCAUACAGUGGACGAUAGCGAUAACAAUCCAAAUUUUGUUGUUAGUAAGGAACAGCAUCUCGGUAGUGACAAUGAUUCACCUGAAAAAGUGCAGGGUAAUGGAAAAAAGCAAAAGAAAAUUCUUGCAAAGAAAGUAAAAGGUUCUGCGAAAACGAGUGUUGGGGGUGGUGUUGGGGAUGGCGACGCCUCUGUUCGGAUAGUGAAUUUGGUAAUGGUAAUGAAAGUCCCCAAAAAGAAAGGGGUGAGCCUAGUGUUGGUGAUGCGAGUGGUGGUGUAGGGGAAGGAAUCAUAGGUUCGUCAACCAGUGAUGCAGUGAUGCCGAGUGGUGGUAAUGUUAGUGAUUCGAGUGACAAUGAUGAUGUUAUUGUUGGUGAUGGUAGGCAAAAGCGUAAAGUACGUAAACAAGGACGUAAAGCAGAGGUUCACGAAAGCGAGCGGCCUCGUAAUGUGUCCAAAAGAAAGCGCAAUUCAGGUUUGGAAUAUAUUAGUGUUACAACAAAGAAGUUAAUGCCAGCUAGGAAAGUAGGCCCAGCGUGUAGAGAUGGUUGUUAUGAUAAAAUUGGGAGAGAUAAUAUUGAAGAAAUUCAUAAGUGUUUUUGGGGUAUUGGGAAUGACGACAGGCAGAACGAAUACUUAAUGAGGUGUGUAAGUGAGGUUGCUUUCAAGCGCAAGUAUACAAAAAAGGACGUGUCUAAGAGGCCGGCCAAGCUUGUGUAUACAGUGACUCAUGCAAGCACGGAUUAUGAGGUCUGCCGGGAAGGAUUUAUGAACAUCUUUGACAUUAAACGAGGAAAACUCGACUUGAUUGUAAGGAAAAUUCGUGAGGCAAGGGCGGCAUCCGGUGUCAUACCUCAGGACCAAAGGGGCAAGACAGUGCCACCAGUGAACAAGAUUGCCGGUCCCAAGUUGCAAGCAGUCCAUGAAUUUAUUGGUGAUCUACCUGUUGUGUCAAGUCAUUACACUCGUGCUAAGGCACCUUUACGCCAGUAUCUUCCGGCAGGGGGUUCCAUUGCUGGGGUAUAUGCUGAAUUCCAGGUGUGGAUGGCUUUAAACCAUCCCGAUGUUCAAGUUGUAUCCGAGAAGUUCUUUCGUACAAUUUUUACCACUAAUUACGACGUCGAAUUUGCUCCCCCUAGAACCGAUGAGUGUCAUUUCUGUUCCGAGAUUGAUGUCAAGAUUGGAGCACUGAAAAAUGCCACCACUGAAAGGAAGUCAAGGAAAGAACAACACUUGAAAAUAAUAAGGAGAAACACUUGCAGGACGCCACAGCUGCCAAGGCAAUGCUGAAUGCUCCUCUUAACACCCAUCCUAUGGAUCCACAAUUCCGAGCCAUUGCAAUUGACCUGCAGCAGCAGCAAUUAUGUCCUAAGAUGCCUGUAAAUAGGGCCUACUACACCAGCAAACUGUGGUUUCGGAACUUCUGCAUUUAUGACAUCACAAACAACAAGGCGAACAUGUUUGCUUGGGAUGAGACAUCAGGCAGUCGAGGGCCAAAUGAGAUUGCAAGCUGCAUCUUGCGCUGGUUGCAGCAUGUUAGGGAGACAGAGGGGAGGACUGUGACCAAACUUCGGAUCUUCGCAGACAACUGCGGUGGCCAAAAUAAAAAUAUCUUUAUUAUUUUGUUAUUCUUGCAACAGAUUCAGCAGAAUCUUUUAAAGAGGGUGGACAUCAUCUUUUUAGUAAGUGGCCACUCUUUUAUGCACUGUGAUCGUUCUUUUGGGAUCGUGGAAAAGGUGUACAAGGCCCAAGCAUACAUUUGCAGUAUUCCACAAUACAUUCAACUACUUAAGAAGUCCUGCAAGAAGAAUGCAUACACUGUUUUUGAAAUGGAGAGGUCGCAUUUCUUUGAUUUUAAGGCACUUGAGGCGCACAUUACCAACAGGUCAAAAGGAAAAGGUUUCUCUGAGGGCAAGCAGUUUGUCUUAAAGGAAAAGUACCAUGAAGGAUUCUUCAUCAAGAAUCAUUACAGGUUUGAAGAUGUAGACAUGACCUACAUUGACCUACGUGAAGGUCGACAAUCUGCAAUGCAACUGGGUCGUAGAAGGCCCCCUCAGGAUGAGUGCCUUAUGCUAGCCAGGGCCCCCCCUCUCGUUUAAAUAUCCCACAGAGAUGAAGUUAAAGAAGAAAAAAAUAAAGUCGCUCAGGUCCAUUAUAUGCAUGAUACCUUUCCCUGAUGCACAAGAGUGGUUUACUGCUUUACUAGAAAGGCAGGAUGUACUGCACAGUGGUUCUCUUGGUGAGCAGGAAGGAGUAGACUCUGAUGACUUAUUAUCAGAGGAUGACGAGAACCCAGGCAACACUCUGCUUACUGAGGCCUCCGUACUCUUUGCUUCUGAAGAUGUCGUAAAGCAGGAGGCAAAAGAAAGCGACGAGCACCCGACUAAUCCUUCCCUGCCUGCCUACAUGACGACGACUAUGGACCGAACUUGGACUAGGAGAACGACAUACACUAUGAAGAAGAGGAUGAUGUCACUGGUGAGCCCUCCUGAUGGUACGGGCGAAGGAGGAACAGAGGAUGUGGAAACCAGGGGGAUCAAGAUUUUCCAGUGUCCCUACUGCAGUUACUCCAGCAACUUCUCUUGCAAGCUGACUAGUCACAUGUACAAACAUACUGGAGAGAGGCCCCACUCCUGCGAUUUCUGCUCGGCCAAGUUCUCUCACAAGGGGGAUCUCAACCGGCACAUGAGGAUCCAUACAGGAGAGAAGCCCUACGAGUGUUCAUUCUGUCCCCAGAGCUUCAACCAGACUGCUACCCUCAAGAGGCAUGAACGAAUUCACACAGGGGAAAGACCUUACGGGUGUGAGAUGUGUCCCUAUCGAGGAGUAACAAAAGCAUCGGUGUUAAAUCAUAAACGGAGGGAGCAUGGCUAUUUGGCUUGAGAAACUUUGGUCAAGGAGAGGCAUUAAGUUUAUGAGGGGAAGAACAAUUGUAUAUAUACAUAAUACUUUUAAUAGAAAAUUAUUUUUAUCAAUAAAGGAAGUUACUCCUGUUUUACAAUGACUUUUAACUGAAGUAACAAACCAUGACAAUAAUUUUUGGUAGGGAGGCACCUUAAUAAGACUGUACCUGGAUAGACCAAGAAAACCCAUUAUUAUAGCCCUUAGAAUCUCCAGAUAAUUUAGAGACUUCACAUCUAUUCCACAGUACAGUCCAAAUUGAAAAUGUGAUUAGAUGUUUGUACAUUUGGAAAUUAUUUGUAAAUCUGAGAAUAUAAACUGUAUUUGAGAAAACAAUGAAGGUGUAUUAUUCUGUUACCAUAGUACUGCUUUCAGAAGCAGUGACAAAAAAUAUAGAUGUGAGUUUAAUGGACUAAAAUCCACGCUGUAAUGUGCACAAAUAAAGAGUACCUCUGUCAAUGAUUAUCUUUUUUUAUUGAAUGUGUAUUUUAACACACAUCCUUUCAGCACUGAUUUAUCUGUAACGGGAUCAGAAAAUUGAUUUCAUGGUGUAUCAUACUGUACUCUCUUCUCUAAGGAAGCUAUCUUUUUCCCCAAACUGAUCCUGAGUGGGUAAGGAUAAGGACUGAGGU